AUGAUAAUAUUUAAGAAUUUAUAUAGAACGUUAUUAGCCAAAGAAAUCCUAGAAUGUUUAGAAAUUUGGACAGAAUAUGAAGAGUUCAAGGAAGUUUUUAAAGCUGCUAACCAAAAUGUUGAUAUUAUAGCAACAGAUUCAGGAUCCUUGCCAAAUAUUUCCAUAGAUGCUAGAUAUAAAAAUCAAACUCUUCUGGCGUAA